CAGUAUUAGUUGAUCCCGAUCAAGAAAGAGGGGCACGUGCAUAAUGAAAUCGAACAAAAUUUGGUUGAAAUUGGCCGGGAAAACCUAUAUAAGCCGGGAAAAACCUAUACUAAUACUUCUCGUUAUACAUAUUUCUUUAUGGUAUUUCAAUCAUCAGAAUGAUGGCCAAAAAUAACCAGCUGGGAGUUCGUCGUGGUCCUUACAAGCGAUAUUUGGUCGAUUUGCAUGCUCCCGUACCCAGGGCAAGCAAUAACUCUUUGAAAAGGUUUUGUAAUAACCCUCAAACUGCACAGAAAAUGCAAAAUGCAGUCGUGCAUUGUCAGGACGAAGUUGUUGAUGAUGAUCUCCAUGAAGUCUCUAUUUACGACUCGCAAAUUUCUGAAAACUCAAUUCCACGUGAAGAUGUCAGUGAGGACUAUGUUGCUGAAGAGAUUCCUACUGAGAAUACGCAAGAUGCUGUUGAAAGUGUCGUGCCCCAGGUAAAUAAUUGUACUUAUUUUGAAUGA